UUGAGACUUUCAAAGAGAGCAACGGGCGCACGGUGGCUACUUGAACGAAAACGGGGGAAGCUUGCUCAAAGAACCGGCUGGGCUGUCGUUGGGACUCAACAUGCCACAGUACAAAUGUUGAGCGUGGGUCGGAAAAAAACGUGUUUACCUUUUGAACAGCUAUAAUUAACGGCCACGCCCCGUAUCCACCGACCGGAGCCCGUACAAAACUGCUGGCGGAGGCGACACGGUGAGCGGUUUGAAACCCAGCAGGGCGGCUAGCGGGCUCACAGCGGAGAGGAAGCAGGAGUGUCGGCUGUUUUGGGAACCAUGAGAGAGUACAAAGUAGUGGUUCUCGGGUCCGGAGGGGUCGGUAAAUCCGCAUUAACCGUCCAGUUCGUGACAGGUUCCUUCAUAGAGAAAUACGACCCCACGAUAGAGGAUUUUUACAGAAAGGAGAUCGAGGUGGACUCCUCUCCGUCCGUCCUGGAGAUCCUGGACACGGCGGGGACGGAGCAGUUCGCCUCAAUGCGAGACCUCUACAUCAAAAACGGGCAGGGUUUCAUCCUGGUGUACAGCUUGGUCAACCAGCAGAGCUUUCAGGAUAUCAAACCGAUGAGGGAUCAGAUCAUUCGGGUGAAAAGGUACGAGAGAGUGCCGAUGAUUCUGGUGGGAAACAAAGUGGACCUGGAGGGGGAAAGGGAGGUCUCGUCCGGGGAGGGGAAGGCACUGGCGGACGAGUGGAACUGCCCGUUCAUGGAAACUUCAGCCAAAAAUAAAACCUCGGUGGAUGAACUGUUUGCAGAAAUAGUCCGACAGAUGAACUAUGCCUCAACUCCAAAUGGCGACGACCAGUGCUGCUCGUCUUGUGUCAUUCUUUAAGAAACAGGAAAACCGUGAAGUUUUAUUCCUUGCUCGAUUUUAAGUUUGCAAUGUGUGUUGCAGCAAGUGUGUACUGUUGAGCUCUUCUUCGUGUCUCACCCUGGCCUUGGAGAAAAAUACAGGGGAGGAAUGCUGCAGGGGGACGAGAGGAGGAGGAAGAAGAAGAAGAGGAGGAGGGGAGCGACAGAGACAGACAGAGGGAGGGGUCCACUCUUCAGGAAUUCUGCUGGGUUGGAGUAUCUUUGCUGCACGAUCAGUGUCUGUCAUUGAUGCCAACGCGGUGACAUAGAGUUUCAGCAACAGCCCUCCCACCUGUUCCAACUGUACCUACAGCUGGAACCAAACUCCAGUGGAAAUGAUACAGAGGGCAACACUUAAGAGACACUCAUAAAUGGAUAUUUCUGUAUAAGAAGAAGACAGAGAGAGUAUAUUUUGUUAAUAACUGCACAGUAUGGGGCGGGUAAAGAUUGGGGUGAUGUCUCUGCCUAACCCAUUUUGGAGAACUUCUCCAACAACACUCCAAAUCCUAUUUUUUUUCUGUCCAAAGUCAAUCAUAAUUGACACCGCUUUUCUGCUGGUGGAGUAAAUGUGAUGAGUGCCACUUUUUUUCCUUCAUCACCUCUUCAGCGUGUGAGAGGACCUUAACUGAAGUGACAUGAGGACGGUGACCGUAUUGCCCUCGUGUCGAGUGCCUUUCCGAAAAACAAAUCAGCUGUUCAGAUUUAGUGCCAACCAACAUGUAUCACCAAAAGACACCGUCAUCACGGCAAUCCAAAAUCAAGCGAACUGUACUUCUGCAUUGUGGGGUGGAGGCUAAAAACGGAAACCAUGAUAGAUUUUUUUGUUUAAGGAAUGGCGAUUUAUCUGUAUGUUUUACGUUGGCCUCUUCUGAAGUCUAAGGUGUUCAUUUUGCAAUGUCUGCUUAGUUUAAGGCCAGACUUUUAUCUUGAAAUGCACAGGUACUGGAACCCCCUAAAGACGUGACGACAACACCAAACUCUUACCUUUCCAGUCCACCUUAAAUCAAGUUCAGUUUCUGUUCAUUUUGUUGUUUUUAACAGGAAAUGUGAUGAUGUACCGUUGACAAAUCUAACCUGAUUGUAAGUUGAAUUUCAGAUCAGCCUUUUAACAGUGGGCGGUCUGUUUAAAAAAAAAAAGAAAGACUUUUAAUACAAAUUGAAUUUUUAAAAAAACGAAA